AUGAAACGAGGCGACCAGGAACAACGGAUCAAUGCGCGGCAAGGACUGACUCCCGACUUGAGCGAGAGGAAAAGGAAGGCGGCUGCCCUGCUGGCGAAAGGGGGGAGUGGUUGGGGGGAGGGGGGUGGCGGUGAGCAAGGGAGGCUCUGCAGGGGGGUGGCCCGGCCAGACGAGAUGAUGGUGGGUCUGGGAGCCUGGUUGGUUGGGCGGCCGGGCAGCCGGGCAGCCAGGUGCAUGGGGACGCAAGAUGCGUGCGGUGCGUGGGCGCGAGAUGGGCACGGGGCAAGGAAGGGCCCGAAUCCUGAGCCGGGAGGGGCCAAUCAGGCCAACCAGGCCAACCAGGCCAACCAGGCCAAUCAGGCCAAUCAGGCCAAUCAGGCCAAUCAGCGACGGGCUGCCGAAUUGCAGGAAGGCCUGCUCCAGUCACAUUCCGCAGCAGCCCCGAACACCCCCGUCAUCAGACGACUCUGUGCAUCUCACGCCCAUGGCCCGGGCAAAACAGCGCCUCGUGCCCCCGCCAGACUCGCUCACCCGCCGGACGACUGCAUCAGCAUCAGCAUCGGCAUCAGCAUCAGCAUCGGCAUCAGCAUCAGCAUCAGCAUCAGCAUCAGCAUCAGCAUCAGCAUCAGCAUCAGCAUCAGCAUCGGCAUCAGCAUCAGCAUCGGCAUCAGCAUCAGCAUCGGCAUCGGCAUCACCAUCAGCAUCGGCAUCACCAUCACCAUCACCAUCACCAUCACCAUCACCAUCACCAUCACCAUCACCAUCACGACCAGCAUCAGCAUCAGCAUCACCACCACCAUCAGCCACAGCCGCCCAACCAUCACCGCUCCGUCAUGCUUCGCUCAUGCCAAAGCACCAAGCCCCCACGCCUCCUCAACCCCCGUACGCUCUCGCUCUCGCUCCCACCAGUCUCCCCAGCCUGCCGGCACAUGA